AUGGGUAUCCGUUUGCCGUCCAAGAUUCAUAAUGCCAAGCAGAUUCUGAAACUGCAGUCACUUCUUAGUAGAAACCAGUCCAGUGUGCCAAAAGGCCAUUGUGCAGUAUAUGUGGGAGAAAUCCAGAAGAAGAGAUUUGUGGUUCCGAUAUCUUAUUUGAAUCAUCCUGCCUUUCAAGAUUUGUUGCAUCUAGCGGAGGAAGAGUUUGGCUUUGAUCAUCCGAUGGGCGGUCUCACGAUUCCAUGCGAAGAAGAUGCCUUCAUUGAUCUCACUUCUCGAUUGAAUGCGAUGUCAGUGAUGUAA